GAAAAUGGAGGUGAGAUGGUUUCCCUGUCGUAUUAUAUAUGAUGACAUGAAUCCAUAGAUAUUUUUCCCGACAACAUUAUCCAAAUUUUGAACAUCAAAACCCUAAUACACACCAAAACCCUGGAAAACUGUAAUUUCAGGGAAGAAUUACAGUCAGAUUAUUUCUUCAUCUUUCUUUCCCCUUCAUUCAAAGGGAAUGGCCCCCUCGAUAUCUUUAAGCCGCCCCCCUUUUAGCUCUUUUAAUUCCAUUUCUUCUUCGCCAUCUCUCUCUUUCUUGAAUAAACCUAGUACUACUACUGUUAAUAUUUAUCAUAAUCACGCUGCCGGAUUUCAGACCGCUUAUCGCCCCCUGCUCGUCAGCUGCUGCUCUAACAAUGGCGCCCCCUCCUUGGAUCCCAUUAAUUUCAGGCAACAACAGGUUUCAUCUAUGCCAAGACCUCCUUUAGGCGUGACGAUGAACGACAACAGUAGCAGCAUGCAAAAACCGUCGUAUAAAUGGCGCAGGGUGUUGCUUAAAGUAAGCGGAGAGGCGCUUGCCGGCGAUCAGCUCCAAAAUAUCGACCCAAAGGUUACAAUGGCUAUUGCUAGGGAGGUUGCUUCUGUCACUCGUCUUGGUAUCGAGGUUGCAAUUGUUGUCGGUGGAGGAAAUAUCUUCCGUGGGGCCUCCUGGGCAGGGAGCAGUGGCCUCGAGCGCUCCUCUGCUGAUUAUAUUGGGAUGUUAGCAACUGUGAUGAAUGCAAUAUUUCUACAAGCAACAAUGGAGAGCAUUGGAAUCCCGACAAGAGUUCAGACAGCUUUUCGCAUGUCUGAAGUCGCCGAGCCUUACAUAAGAAGACGAGCUAUUAGGCAUUUAGAGAAGGGUAGAGUCGUAAUAUUUGCAGCCGGAACUGGUAAUCCCUUCUUCACUACAGAUACUGCUGCCGCCCUUCGCAGUGCAGAGAUUAAUGCUGAGGUGGUGUUGAAAGCGACGAACGUAGAUGGAGUGUACGACGAUGACCCGAAGCGGAACCCUAAUGCUCGUCUACUUGAUACACUAACUUACCAAGAUGUGACUUCGAAGGAACUGUCUGUCAUGGAUAUGACCGCCAUUACUUUGUGCCAAGAGAACAACAUUCCCGUUGUGGUGUUUAAUCUGAAUAAACCGGGUAACAUAUCGAAAGCAAUUCGGGGAGAGAGUGUCGGCACAUUCAUUGGACGAUCAGCACAGACUUGAAGAUAUAUAUAUAUAUAUAUAUAUAUAUAUAUAUAUAUAUAUAUAUAUUUUGUUGAUCUAGAGUUUUAUUACAGCUAAAGACAGAGGAUACAACAUAUUUUUGAAACCUGAGAAUAUUGAUUUUUUUGUCAUGAAUUUGUAUUAAAUCUAUUGUAAAUAUGAGGAGGAUAUAAUAUAUAUAAUAUUAGAGUACUACUGUAGUACUGUGGCGUAGAGCAUGCUUGAUUUCUGACUUUCGUUGACUAUUUCCAGUCAAAUCUAUUAUUAGUAUAAUGUUA